AUGGCUUAUAUCGCCAUUGUUGUGUUUUAAAUGUUUCACACAAAGACUAUUUUACAGUCAUGGACCCCCCAUUUACCAAACAAGAUUGUUUUAAUGUGAUUUCGGACUAUCUAUGGAAUUCAAGAGGGCUGGUGGUUUUAGCUUUUUUUAGGGUGUAGGGCUCAGGGAAGGACCGGUCUUUAGUGGAGCGUGCCCAGGGGAGGGUCUUCCUGUUGCCUGGUAACGACUGUACACUUUAGGAGCGGUAAGCUGAACGUUAUUCUAGUUAACUGCAGUAAAUAAAACGCCAAUCAGAAAACAGAAGAAUAACGAAUAAAAUAAAAUUGGACAUAAUGUCUGCUGGCAAAAAGUAGUUCAUAUUACCCCAGAGUGAGUAUUUUAUCGGGCUACUGUUAAUUAGUAAACUAGGUAGGUUAGCUAACCUCAAGUUAAGUUGCUUCUCCCUAAAACCUUAAUUUAUAUAAACCUAAAACUAUGUCAUUAACUGACGAGGACGAGCUGUUACACGGCGAAUCUGACGAAGAGGGGCAGAAGGAGGAAGAGGCUCAAGAGGAAGAAGCUACUGAACGGGAUCAGAUUGAGUCCUGUCCUCUGACACAGGACAUGAUGGCCCAGAGCCUGUCUUUGCUGUGCCGCACUGGAAACGGACUGGCCCAUGCAUUUGUCAAAGCUGACCUAAAAGAAAGGAGUCUAACGGAUAUUGCCUUGCUGAGCUCCUUUGUCCAUCUGCGUUUCUUGGACAUCUCCUCCAAUUUCCUCACAGACUUUUCUCCACUGGCUGCCUUAACACAGCUGCUUUGGCUAAAGGCCGAUGGCAAUCAACUUCCAGGGUUCAGAGAUCAGCCGCUGGGUCAGCUCGCAUACCUGCAGUGGCUUAGCUUAGCAGCCAAUCGUCUGGGUGAUACAGAGGGGCUCGGUGGGCCUGCUCUGGAAAGCCUUAAUCUUACUGGUAAUGGCAUUCAGAGGGUGUCUGGCCUUGAAUAUCACAGGCUGACCAAUCUGGUGACACUGGAGCUGAGAGGGAACAGUUUAGAAACUACAGAUGGCAUUUACCUCCCCAACUUGCGUAAUCUUUACUUGGCCCAGAACAAAAUUAAACAGUUGGAAGGUUUGGAGAAACUGGAGCGCCUAACAACUCUUCACCUCAGAGGCAACCAGCUAGAAACACUAGAUGGUCUGAGUCCAAGUAUGAAAUCUCUGCAAUAUCUCAAUAUCAGGGACAACUUGAUAGCAUCCCGAAAGGCACUGCAAAGCCUGCUGGGUGUUGCACAAACCCUACAGGCCAUCGUGUUGACAGGCAACCCUUUUUCAGACAUGGAAGACUACCGUCUCUUAGUGCUCACAUAUCUCCCACUUCUUGAAAGGCUUGACAAGGAACAUUUCUCCUCUGAGGAGAGGAUGGAGGCUCAGGAGAGAAUUAGGGAAUUUGAAGAGUCCACAGAACAAGAGGACCAGUAAAUAUGACCGUAUGGAAAAUACAACAUUUUUUUUCUGCAGUUCUGUUGGAGAAAUCACUGGUCAUAAAGUGCAUAAACAAACUGUGCAUCCUUCACAUUAAGUGUGACAGGUUGGCAUGUAAUAUUUGGUAUUCAGCGACAUCAACACUGUGCCUUAAAUCAUUCAUCAAAUUAUUUUCCAUUAAACUUUUGAAUUAA